AUGUUUGCUCUUCCAGCAGCAGGGGGUUCAACCUCGACUGCACGGACGGUCUUCCGAAGCGGAUUCUGGACUUUCCAUGCCAAAGUCGUCACAGCGCGGCCCAGCCGUGCGGCGGAGAUCACUGGUACGGCCGAAACUCGCAUUGACGAGCGGAGUUCGCACGCUGGCUCCAUCCGCUUUUUGGUCGUCGUGGAUUUGCAGGCAACAGCAGGAGGUUAA